AUGACGUUGAUGUUCUGCAAGAGUACACUGAAUUUUGAGGAAGUCGAUCAAGACGUGAUGUUGCACCAUAGAAUGGCUCAAUGUUCGAAAGAGGGCCCUCAAGAUGUGAGUCUAGAGAGGGGUCGUACAAGCAAGUGCGAGGGCAAGGAAGGCAAUGUAUGGAAGGAGAAGCGGAACAAGUUGAAGAAUGUCAAAAGUGCAAGCGCAGCCAACAUGUCUAUUGAUGACGCUAAUGAUGAACUUGUGAUGGUCCACAAAUAUGAAGGCAAGACAAGGAAUAAUGAGGAGAAUGUUGUUGAGUUGGUGGCAAUCGAAGAGAUGCUUCUUAUCUUGAGGUGGAGGCAUCAUCAUUAG